AUGGAUCCAAUUUUGGAAGGUUAUAUUGAAGAAUCUGAAGGAACUGAAAUAAUUUCAAAUCCUCAACACUAUUUGGUGGCCGAGGAUCAAGACCGGAUUCAAUCAAAGCGACAAUCAACAAGUGGUGUGCUUGGGGCAAUGUUGGUUAAAAAGUAUGUCGAUCUGAAGACCGUUUACACACGAACAGACAUACAAGCAGACAUGCUAAGGAUACAUGGUAUUUCAUUGAAAUACAUGCAAGCAUGGAGAGCACUUGAUUCAAAUAUAAGAGGCUGGGAGUAUUGUCGACCAAUAGUACUUGUGGAUGGUACACAUUUAAAAUCAACAUAUGAAGGCACAAUGUUGAUAGCUAGCACAUUAGAUCCACGAGGUCACAUGUGCUUUGUUUCUGAUAGAAAUAAGAGCAUUUGGAAUGCUACUGCAAUUGUUUAUCCCGAAUUCAGACAUUACGCAUGCAUAUACCAUCUAUGGACCAAUUUACUAAAGAAAACAUACAGAGAUACAGAAGAGGUUAGAACAUUACUCUUCAGUUUAGCAAAAGCUUACACUGUUCAAGAGUUUGAUGAAUUGAUGAAAAGGAUGGAUCAAAUUAAUCCAAAAUACCGUGCUUAUCUACAAAAAGCAAAUUAUGAGAAAUGGUCACGCGCACAUUCACCAGUAAAAAGGACUUGGACACUAACAAGUAACAUUGCAGAGUCACUAAAUAACGCUAUUCUUGUUGGAAGAAGGUUACCAGUGGUACCAUUGUUGGAAUUUGUUAGAAAAACAAUUGAAGCUUGGAAUGAGAAACACAAUGAAGAAGGUAGAAAUACUACAACAACCUUAACAAGUAAAUACAAUGAAAUGUUGGAGGACAAUAGAAAUUUGUCUCAUCGUAUGCUUGUACGCGCAUCAACAAUACACCUUCAUACCAUUACAGAUGGUGCAAAGAGGUUUACAGUAUGUCUGAAUACACGAAUGUGUAGUUGUGGAAGAUUUCAACAUGAUGAGAUCCCUUGUAGUCAUGCACUUGCAGCAAUCAGACAUAGGAAUAAACAUCGCGAUGAUUACUGUUCAGCUUAUUAUAGUAAUAAGAAUUAUCAAGAUACAUAUGCAAUACCAAUUGAACCCUUGCCUUGCGAAAGCACUUGGGAUGUUCCAUCACAUGACUUGGAAGAGGUAGUAUUACCACCAAUUACAAGAAAGCAACCCGGCAGACCUCCAAAAAAUGAUCGCAAAAAGGGAUUCACCGAAGGAGAGGGGAAGAAGAGGAAAUUAUACAGUUGA